AUGAUGUUGCGUGCGCUCGUGUGGAUGUCCGUGGUUUCCCAGUAGCUGCUCCGCUUGGUGUCCAGGAUGUACGGGGAUGGAGAGGGCACCGUGUGGGACCGGGUCGGGCGGCCCCACCGGGACUGCAUGUGUUACCUUGGACCCCCUACCACUUUAAUGCCCAUCGGGAUGCGCAAGUCGCCCGACGUGAGCCCCAGAAGGCUUUCGGACAUCAGCCCUCAGCUCCGGCAGCUCAAGUACCUGGUGGUGGACGAGGCCAUCAAGGAGGACCUCAAGUCCUCCCGCUCCGUGGAGGACAUCAACAGCGCGUCCAUAGAGGAGAGGAUUUUGAGAAUCACCGGCUACUAUGGAUACCAGCCCUGGAGUACAAGCUACAAAAGAGAGGAGCGCGCCAGAGACACUGUGGUGGGCACCACGGACACUCAAACGGCCGGCACGGCCGGAGCAGACCCCGGCUCCAGCAGACGGAGGCUCCACUGCUGCGUCAGAGUAACAGCUGUACAGGUGCAGAAGGCCCUGUGGGGGGUCGCCAUGGUGAUGUGCGUGUGUUCGUCCUGGGCAGGCUCCACCCAACUGGCCAAGCUGACCUUUAAGCAGUUCGAUGCUCCGUUCACCCUCACCUGGUUCGCCACCACCUGGAACUGUCUCUUCUUCCCGCUCUACUACAUUGGCCACCUGUGCAAGAGUCCAGAGAGACAGACGCCAAGGCAGAGAUUCAGGGAGUGCUGUAGGUUUUUCGGGGAGGACGGGCUGACGCCCAAGGUGUUUUUCACCAAGGUAGCGCCCUUUGGCCUGCUGUGGAUCCUCACCAACUACCUGUACCUACAGGCCCUCAGGAAGAUCAACACGACAGACGUGUCAGCACUGUUCUGUUGUAACAAGGCCUUCGUCUUCCUGCUGUCUUGGAUUGUACUCAGAGACCGUUUUAUGGGGGUUAGGAUAGUAGCUGCUAUCUUAGCCAUAGCAGGCAUCGUCAUGAUGACCUACGCUGAUGGAUUCCACAGCCACUCCGUCAUCGGCAUUACUUUUGUUGUGGCCUCUGCUUCAAUGUCAGCUCUUUACAAGGUGCUCUUCAAGAUGGUUCUGGGCAGUGCCAAAUUUGGAGAGGCCGCACUCUUUCUGAGCCUCGUCGGAAGCGCCAACUUUGUUUUCAUCAGCUUUGUGCCGAUCAUCCUGUAUUUUACACACGUGGAGUACAUCAGCUCCCCGGCGGACAUCCCCUGGGCUUAUAUCUGUGGGGUUGCAGGCCUGCUCUUUGCUUUUAACGUCCUGGUGAACUUUGGCAUAGCGAUAACCUAUCCAACAUUAAUUUCCCUUGGCAUCGUCCUAAGUGUCCCUGUUAAUGCCAUGGUGGACUUCUACACAUGUGAAAUCCAUUUCAACACGGUGCGCCUCAUCGCUGUGUUCAUCAUCUGCCUGGGGUUUCUCAUGCUGCUGUUACCGGAGGACUGGGACCAGUGCAUCAUCCAGCUCAGCACCAAGCUGCGCAAACGCGAGGAGCCGGCAGAGGGCAACGGAGAGGCCGGGGCCACCACAGGGCUCAACUGGAGAGGCAGGGGCAGGACCUCCAUGUCCACAUUUGCACAUUGACUCCAUGAAAUGUGACCGUACAAAUACAUGCAGAUACGGGGAAAGAGGCAUGUUAUCAAAUCUGAUCUGCCUGGUUCUCUACCUUUUUUGUUUUGAGCAGCUCCUUGAGUGAAAAAGUAAUUUUGACUGCCCCUGAUCAGUAAUUCAACCAAAAGGGGAAAUUGCAGGAAGUUCAGAUUGAGUAGAUUUCUUUUGGUGUCUAUUCCACUCAGAACUGGUAAGAGUUAGUGCAUGGACUUAAAUCAGUUGUAAUCUUUCUUAUCCCAAAAGUGAUCAGGUUAAACUGAUUGAGUCAUGUUAAUCUGUUCCAUUGAUCCUGGGAAGACUUGGCAUCUUGAGAGGUGGCCUAACAACUUCUACACCAGCUGGCUUUAACUAACGUGUGCACAUUUACACACUUAUAAGAUCCAAAGAACAAUGCCUGAAAGCUGAAUGCCUCAGAUCAGAUAGGAAGGCCCACAGAGGCAUCCUUUGGGUUUAAGCUUAACCAUAAAUAUCUGCCUUUUGUGCACUGUACAUAGCUACAACUUACACUUUGGAUGUCUUGGACCUGUGAACCUGACGGGCGUAUCUGGUGCGAAGGGACCUGUCUGGACAUCUGAGGAUCAAUCUGAGCUGAAAAUGCUUUUACAAAUCCUCUCCCUGCUCACCCUGAGAGAAGAAGUCAGGAUGUUUUUAACCUCCUGUGGUUUUGUCCUAUCCUGGGGUUAAACUCCCACCUUUCACCGCUCACCCAUCAGUAAAAACCACCAUCAUCACAAGAUAUUUAAGCCCGUAACCAGUAUCUCCACUGCAUUUCAUUAAAAUGCAUGGAAUAGCUGAGAUCUACUUAGUUUUUAAACUCUCCAGCUCUAUAACUAACGUGUCAAGCAUCUCGAUCUUUGAAUGAUCUAAAAGUUUCAAAUAAGACUGACAGGCUAAAUGCAGAAUUUGGAACUACCCCUUUAAUAACAUAGAUACUAAAUGACAGCUACCACUGAGCCUCCCUUUGACUACCUUCUACAUUUAACUUUCUAGGUUCAUAUGCACAUAAGCAGGUUCUGUUUCAGUUCACUCUGAUUGUUUUCUCUCGAAAACAAACGGAUGGUGAGAAACUGUCUCACCGUGGCUUGAGGGGAGAGCCGUGUUGACACACAGCUCUCACUUCUCUAAAAUAGUCCUACUGCAUCUCUUUUCACUGAUCACAUUUCCGAGGCAGGUAAACAAACAAGAUAAACUGAAGGGUAACUUACAAAGCGACUGGUAUAAACUCUGCCUUUGUUGUGAAUGUAUGAGCAUCACUCGACCACAUUUGUGCGGUAUGUGCUGUAUCUGUUUUAUAUAAUGCUACCACAGACUGCUGCAGAAAGACUCUUGAAUACUGUCCUGAAUGAGGUCUGAGUUGCUCUUCUUUACAGAGGGGGUGGGGUUGGAAAAGCUGUCAAUGCAUUGCACUGGACUUUUUUUGUCUUUUUCUUUUACACUCGACGAACCCGGAGAACGACAGUAAUUACCAUCCACAGAACGAGCAUGCACAUACUGUAAGAGCAGGUAACGGCUUAAAAAGUCCACUUCACUGCCUUUUCUUUGUUUUGCAAUAGAGUACAUUAGCACUGUUUCCCAUUGUCAUUCUUUAUGACAAUAAAUAAUAAUAUUGUAUUCCUCUGGAAUUAUUGCAAGACAUAAAUGUAAACCUUUGUAAGGAAUGACGAUUUUUACACUGAGAUGCAACAUAUGAUUAUCACAUUGGAGGAAGAACUAGAGUGCGACUAAACGGCAGGUUUGUGGGAUCUGCUGUGGGGUGUCUUCAAGUGUAAUCACAUGUACUAUAUA